AUGAUAAUUAUUCAAUUUUUUAUUCUUUUAUUUGUGUUGAUAGAUAUAAGAUGUAUAAUUUCAUUAAAAAUUGAAAACUAUAAGGGAAAUUUUAAUUUUCAUAAUUACAAUAAAAAUAAAGGGAGAAUAAUAUCUCAUUUGUUUGUUGAAGUAAAAUAUCGUAAAAAGUUACCUUUUUCUGAUCGUUUUAUAAUUGAGAGAUUAAAAAAUAACUACAAAUUUAUAUCUUUAAACAAAGGAAGUAAAAACAUAAAAGAUAAAUUGAGAUUUUCAAUAAAUAAUGAGAGUAAUAAUACUAUAAACAAAAGUCAAAAAGAGAGGAAUACAUAUAAAAAUAAAACAAGUAAUAAUACGAAUAACAGGGAUAAUAUAGAAGUUAAUGAAAAAAAAAAAGUAGAAAAUGAGAAUUAUAAAAAUAAAAAUGUAAAAAAUGAGAAUUAUAAAAAUAAAAAAGUAGAAAAUGAGAAUUAUAAAAAUAAAAAUGUAGAAAAUGAGAAUUAUAAAAAUAAAAAAGUAGAAAAUGAGAAUUAUAAAAAUAAAAAUGUAGAAAAUGAGAAUUAUAAAAAUAAAAACGUAGAAAAUGAGAAUUAUAAAAAUAAAAAUGUAGAAAAUGAGAAUUAUAAAAAUAAAAAUGUAGAAAAUGAGAAUUAUAAAAAUAAAAAUGUAAAAAAUGAGAAUUAUAAAAAUAAAAAUGUAGAAAAUGAGAAUUAUAAAAAUAAAAAUGUAGAAAAUGAGAAUUAUAAAAAUAAAAACGUAGAAAAUGAGAAUUAUAAAAAUAAAAAUGUAGAAAAAAAAGUUUCUUAUAAAGAGGCGAAAAGUACCAAAAAGGAGAAUGAAGAGAUAGCUAAAAAAAAAAUUACAAAAAAAAUUAUUAAAGGAACAAUAAAUAAUAACUAUGGUUAUUACAACCAAGUAAGGAGUACUUAUAACAUUGUAGAUAUACAAAAUACAACUGUAAGAGAUUUUUUAAUUGAACAUAAUGAAAUAAGAUCUUUAAAAUUGUUAGACCUUAUAUAUAAAUUUUGGAAAAACAAAAAUUUUUUAAAUUUCUUUGACAUUUUAAAUAAUGAAAAUUUUGAUUAUACAUGUAUUGAAAAAUGGUUGCAUAAAUUAUCAAUAAGUUUAAGUAAGAAACAGCUAAAAAUUAAAAUUAUGAAUGAUCAUAUACUAAUUAAAAAUGAACAUUUUUUAAAAAAAAAAAAAAGAAUAAAAGAAUUUAAAAUAAGUUAUUGUUCUAUAAAUAAAUGUUUAAAUAUAUUGAUAAACAAUUUUGACAAAUUUUGCUCUUAUGAAAUCACAUCUAUAGUAUGGGCUAUAACAAUUAUCAUAAUAAAAUCAUUUAAAAAUUCUAAUAAUUUAGAUUUUGGAAAUUCUUUAGAAUUUAAUAAUGUAAAUUUAACUAUUAUUGAAAAUUUUAACACAUUUUUUUCAUUAAUAAUUAAAAAUCUAAAUAAAAUAAAAAAUUAUUUGUCUGUUGAUGAGGCAUUAUGGGCAAUUUGGAGUAUUUGCAAAUUGUUAUAUUUUAAUAUUUCUAUAAAUAAUUAUUUAACUAGUAGUAAAAAAUUUAUUGAUAAAAAUUUGCAAAACGAUAAUAAUAAUGAUAAUAAUAGUAAUUUAAUUUUAGAUAUUUCAAGAGGAUAUAUUGAAAAUAUAGAGGAUAAUGAAAAUAUUAAUAACUUAAAAAAAAAAGGAGAUAUAAAAAUUUUGAAUAGCUGUACAACUGAAAAUAAUAAAAAUUUAAAUGGUAAAAAAUUAAAUGAAAUACAUGAUAAUAAAAAUUUUAUAAAAUAUAAUAAUAAUAAAAUAGUAUAUAUGAUGAAAAAGUUUAAAUUAACUAGGGAAAUAGUAAUAAAUAUUUUAGAUGUUUUUGAUUAUCUCUAUAGUAAAUUAUAUAAUAAUAUAACUUUUUUAAAAGAAAAAUAUUACAUAUAUAUACCAUUUAUUAUUUUUGAAUCACAAACAUUAAUAUUAAAUAAUGGUAUAAUUUUAUUAAAUAGAAUAAUUUAUUUAAUUUUAAAUAAUAAUAUUUUACUAAAAUUAUUUAAUUUUAACUCUUUAAAAAAUACAUAUUCAAAAAAUUCAAAUUUAUUUCAAAAUGACUUAGAUAAAAAUAAAGAUAUUUUUAGAAUAAAAACUUUGAGUAAAGUAUAUAAAUUAAUUAAAUGUAUUUCUAAAACAUUUUAUCCUUUAAAAAAUGUAAAUUUACUUAAUUUUGAUUUACAUAAUAAUUAUAAAAAUUUAAAUAUAAAUAUUUUAAGUAAAUUUAUUAAUACAUGUAAUGAUGUGUUGGUUAAAUAUAUUGAUUAUUUUAUUUUUAUUAUGAAAUUUAAAAAUGAUACAAAGGAAAAGGAAAGUAUAAAAAUCCAAUAUGAAAAAAACCAAGAUAAUGAAAAUAAUAAAAUAGAUAAUAAAGGAAAAGAAAAUAAUACAGAAAUGAAUAAUAAUAUAAAAGAAAAUAUAAUUGAAUUAAAUGAUAAAGUAAAAUUAGAAUAUAAAAAUGAAAUUGUUUUUAUUUAUAAUUGCUUAAAAAGUUCAUUAGUUUCUUUAAUUAAACUAGAUUUAAAAGAUAAGUUUAUAUACGAAUGGUUAAAUAAAAAUGUACAUAUUUUUCAAUUCAAUAGACUUGAUGAAACUAAUAAAUUAUAUGAAUUAAAAAAUAAAUUGAUAGAAAAUAAUGAAUAUCCUAUUUUAAAUAAUAAAGAAGAAAAUAAUUCCAUAAAUUUAGAAAUGGAUAAAAUAAAAGAUAACAGUAUAAAAAUAGAUGAAAAUGAAUCAGCAUUAAUGAAUGAAAAAAAGGAAAUUGAGGAAGAUAUAUUUAGUGAAACAAAUAGUAUUCAUUUACCAUAUGAUAGUAAAAGUGAAUAUAAUAAAGUGAAUGAUGAGAAAAAUGAAAAAUUAAGUGUUUUAAAUAACACUGAUAUGAAAACAUAUUUGAAUUUAAUUAAGAAUAAUUCCGAUAUAAACAAGAAUAAUUCUGAUGUAUGUCUAGAUGUUUUAGCACUUAGUAAAUUUACAAAAAUAUAUAACAAUGAAAUGAAAACGAAAUUAAUAGAAAAUGUUACAUACAGCAUAGAGCAUUCAUUGAAAAUAUUUAAAAUAAUUUAUGAAAAUGAAAAAAUUAGUAAUCCAUCUUAUGUAACCAUAAAUGAUAUAUAUAUUAUAAAAGACAAAAAUAUAGAAGAAUUAUAUAAUGAAGAAACAAAGACAUUUUACAAAAAAAAUAAAAGUAUAGAAUUUCGAAACAUUAUAAUGCCAAAACAAUUAUCCAUUUUUGUAAAUUAUAUAGGGAGAAAUAUUCAUUUAAUACCCAAACAGGAAUUAGAUAAUAUUUUUCUUAUAUCCAUUAAAUAUGCAAUUACAACAAAAUUUAAUUAUUUUACUUCUAAUGAUAUUAUACAUUUCUUACAAGGUUUAAUAAAUUAUAAUGAAUUGGAUAAUCAUUCAAAAUUUUAUUAUGAUGUUAUAAAUGAGAUGUUAAUGUUAUUAUGCGAUAUUGUUGAAAAUAAUUUUUUAAAUUGGAAAUCAUCAAAUAUAUGUCAAUUAAUUUAUGUAUUAACAAAAUUUAAACAUAUUCAUAAAUUUAUUUUUAAUAAAUUUGAUGAGUUUUUAAAUAAUAUUAAAUUUCCAUAUUAUAUUUAUCAAAAAGCAAAUUACAUAAACCAUGAAAAUGUGUUACAAGGUAAUCAUGAUAGUAAUUUAACAGAAGAAAAAAAAAACAACAAUAUUAAUAUAUCACAAAUAUCAAAUAAUAAUAGUGAAAAAAUGAAUGGAAAUUUUAAUAACAUAAUUGAAAAAAAUAAUAAAUUUCAUAAAAAUAAUGAAAAUCAAAGGAUAGAUAUUUCUAUAAAUGAAUUUAAAUAUGAUAACUUAGGAUCAGCAAUAUGGGCUUUAAGUUCUCUUAAUAAAAAUGUGAUUAAAAAAAAAUAUUAUUUAAAAUUUUUUUAUUUUUUUUCUGUUUAUUUUUCUCUACACAUGAAAUUAUAUUUACAUUAUAAAAUUAGAAAUAAUAAUUAUGCUCUUUAUAAUAAAGAAAAUUUAAAAAAAAAAUACUUGAAUGAUUCAAAAUUUUUACAGUAUAAUACCAAUUACUUUAAAAUUCCAUUGGAUCCGAUGACUAUAAGUAUAUAUGUAAAUAUAUUCGCAAGAAAAAUAAAAAAGGGCUUUUACUUCCUUUUUGAAGUUAUUUAUAAUAAUGUAGACAUUAUUAAUCUUUUUUCUUUAAAGGAACUUUCACAUGUUAUAUAUUCUUUAUCUCAUAUAAAUAAAAAUUCUUUACAAGACAGCGUUUUUGACAUAAGUAUACUUAAUAAUAUAAAUUCAUUAGAAGAAAAAGAAAGUUAUUUUUUAGAAGAAUUUUUAAAAUCAAAUAUUUCAUUGUGGAUAGAAGAAUUGGAUUACUUGUUUUGUUUUGAUCAUUCUAAAAAUUUACAUGAAAUAAAAAAUAAAAAUACCGAUCAAAGUAUGAAUAUAAAAACAGAAGAUAUGGGAAAUAAAAAUGGUGAAAAUAUAAAUGAUAAUAUUUAUCAAACGGAAAAUGACUAUAAAAAUGAUAGUGAAAUGAUUAUUAAUACGAAUUCUUAUGAUGAAAAAUAUAAAAAUUUUAUAAGAAAAGAUAAAUUUUUAAAAUUAAAACAUGAAAGAAUUAAUUUAUCUAAUGAAUUCUUAAAUAUGUUAAUGGAAAGAUUAAUAUAUUUUACAAUAUAUAUUUUAGAAGAGAAAAAAAAUACGCAAGAAAUUUCAUCAAAUAAUAGAACUUUUACAAGAAACUUUAAUAAAAAAAAUAAAAUAGAGAUUAUUGAUUUGAUUAAAUUAAUAUAUAGUUUUUUUAUUCUAUUAAAUCAAAAAGUUCAAAUAAAUGAAACAAAAAAUAUAAAUUUUCAUAGAUUAGAAAAACUAAUUUCUCAAUAUAAUUUAAUAGUUAAAAAUUUUCUACAUUCAUUUAAUUAUAUUUAUUUUGUAAUUGAUACAUAUGCUUUAGUUAGUAAUAUAUAUUAUCUUGAUCAAUCUACAAGAAAUAUAAUAAAGGAGUUUGUCAAAAUAUGUAUAAAAAAAAUUGAAGAAGAAAAAAUACUAGAUUUAGAAAAAAAAAAAAUUACAUUAAGUAUACAAAAUUUAAAAGUUACUAAUUUUAAAUAA